GUUCAUAAAUUCUUCCUGCCGUGUUCAAGAGAAGCUGCUCGUGAGGCGGACAUCCUUCCUCGAAAAAUUCGGUUCAUUUUUGAUCUGUCUCGGUAAAAAGUCGGUUCUUGAAGAUUAUCUCGGUCCUGCCUCAUCUGUCUCUGUCAAAGUAUCGAGAUCCAGCCCUAGACCGCUAUCUUAGUGCCUUCUGACGUUAUCUUGUCCCCGUUCCCAACGCCCCACAAUUAAAAUAGCUGACGUCCUUUAGUGAGUAGAGGUAAUAGCAACACCGCCGCUGAUGUUUUUAGCAUUUCAGACACCAUCGCAACAGCUGAGCAGUUAUCAACAUUCCACUUCCAAGUAGUGUAUCUAUAAUCAGGAACAAAAAGCUACAGCCACCUUCCACUAAUAGUACAACAACUACCAUAGCAGAUCAUGAGAAGAUGUUGAAAGUAGCGAAUUCUUUACCAGAGUAGAAGUUGUAGAGAACUACAGCAACCUCUACAAAAAGGCGACCACAAGAUGUCGCCGAUCCCUACAGAUUUGAAGCCCAAAGAGGGCAACAUAGACGUGGACACAAAGGAUUUGCAGGUUAUCGCUACGAGCUUGGAUCCUAGAGUGGUCACUGCUGCCUUGAAGAAGUUCAGGUACUAGUACUAGGGACUCUGACAUAGUGUUGAUGCUGAUGUUGGACGCUUGACUCACAAUGUCUUGUCGUUGUUUACCACUUUGGUGACCCACACGUAGAUCAACCCUUUGUCCACCUUCAUUCUUGUACAAUAGCGAUUUAAAGUCAUGAAGAUACAGCUGUUGUACCUAACCUUCUCAUCUAGGUUCAUAGCUCGAACCGAGACGCUCCAGCACCGAUUCAUUGAAGCAGAGGGUCUCCUCUAUGUGAUGACAUGUCUGACGAGGUAUAUGUGGAAUCCGGCUGUAUGUCGCGAGGCCUGCAACCUUCUAGGAGGAUUCACAGCACAACAAAGCUGUCAUGCGGUACUUUAAUACAAUUUUCAUCGGAGGACUAGAAGUGGAAACUUACUUCGUCUUUGUUCCACAUCACUUACUGAGGUUUACUUGACCUCAAUUUCGGCGACCCAUUUGUUAACUAUGUAUCAACUGCUACUGCAAUUGCUCGCUCUCGCCUAACAUGUCGUCCCCUACCCCUCCUCAUCUUUCUCAACGCAGCAACUAGUCCGCGAAGGCGUUCUCGACGUGUUGUUCGCAUUGACACUGACGCACUCGAAACCGGCAUUGGAAAGGCCGGAGGAGACGGAAAUUUUGCUCACAGUCGUAGAAGCUGUCGCAAAUAUCACGGCGAAUGAGGAUAUGGAGGUAACUGGAUUUACUACAGAUGUUCCUUUGACGAGAAUUGGUCACUAAUUUCAAUGUUGAAAUUCAAAUUGAAUUUUGUCGUCGAUUCCACCUCCUCUUCGCAUAUAUCCCCAUCCCAGAGGACCCAUAUUUGACUCCCACCAUUUUGAUAACAAUGCAGAUUCGCAAAGCCUGUGUUGACAAGGGUGCCGAGAGGAUGUCGGCUCUGGUGAACGACGUCAUCUUGAAGGAGAAUAAGCAACUAACGCCAUCCCAGAUUCAUAGAUUGAAAUUGAACGGGAAUCGAUUGCGGCAAAACCUGGAAAAGCUCUGUGCCUGUGAGAAAUGGAACGAUAGGAGUAAAAGGGAUCAGAGGUACUGCUGCUCGAAGAUGUUGAUAAUUCAUCAGUAACUUGUAAGAUAGUUGUAUGGUUCUGGUAUUUGGUAACCUGAAUUUGAUCCUAAGGGUUCUCUUCUUGUUUUCCCUUAGGAUCAAAUUCAGGUUACCAAAUACCAGAACCAUUCAAUAGUACAACAACCCAGAAGAUGCAUUUGCAACAUUUUGUUCAUCUCUUUCCAAGGUACUGGCUGAAGAAGGAGGUUUUCCCGAUGACAAAGCGCGACGACCCUACGUGGAAGCCUCCGAAGUAAAUGAUUUUUUGCACAGAAGGUAGGAGACAUGAUGCAGCACGCGGCUGGGUCGUGUACUAUUUGUACAGAAAUUAUGUUACAGAGCUACUCCUGCUACGAUUUAAGAGUAGAGCUUCCAUUUCCAUCAGCAUCAUCACGACCACAUGACAUAAGACGUUAAGAAGACCAUUUGACUUACUUGCAUGGGUUUUUAGGAAUCCAAUUUCAUACUAAGAAAUCCAUCACAUCACACAACAAACAUGCAAUAAAAACAUCAAAACUGUCAUCGAGUUUUUUUGGUUCGGCUUUAUACCGUACGGGCUCGUUCUUGUAUACCUAAUAUGUGUAGUUAAUGCGUGUUGGACUUGGAUACAGGUGCUGUUACUCCUGUUGAAACUAAGAACUAUAGCAUUUGCUUUGGAAAAAAUGUUGGAAAAAUGAGCGAAUGACCGAGAGUCAGGUCCCUUCAAGUAAAGAGAACUUACAACUUGAU